AUGGUGGUGACUAGGUCCAGAGCCUCAAUUUCGGCCUCUUCCCCGUCGAAACGAAAAGCAACAUCCUCACCAAAGGCAAAGUCGACAACGUCGAAAGCUUCCUCCUCGAAAGAAACCCUAGAUUCGGAUACAGGAGAUAAGAGACCCAAGGCAACGUCCAUACGCAAGCCAAGGUCAGGCACUUCCAAGCCCACUCCCGCACCCAAAUUCGCAUAUGACCUCCCCUAUAAUCAUCUCUGCCUCCGUACCAAUCCACACCUCUACCGCACCGGCAUAGGCGAACAAGGAGUCCUCAUGGUCGAGCCUUACAAGUCCGAGAUCUUACCUCAUUGGCGAUUUAAGAAUCCUCCCGCUGCUCGUGAGUCGUCCUCUAAGCUGUACUCUAUCUUCUGCUCUUAUUUGGAAGAGGAUGAUUUCGUGGGAGCAGAUAUGACAAGAAAGUUCAUUCAGAUGGGCUACACACGUGCUAGGAGGUAUUCUAAUCAUAAGGGAGGAAAGAAAUACAUAUAUGGAGAAGGAAAGGGUAAAGAUGGGAGAAAGGAGAUUCCAAGGUUGGAAGUGGCAGAUCAGGAUGCGGAGAAGGUAGAGGCUGCAAAGAUCUUCAAGUGGGUGCUGAAUGAGGAGUGUUGGGGCAAUGAAAAGUAUGUGAGAUUGAGAGAGGAGCAUCUAGAGUGGGCGAGGGAGAGGGAGGUGCCGAGAGAGGAUGGGGAGGAGGUGAGGGAGGCUUUGUUGAAAGAUCCUGCGGAGGAGAGAGUUGUGAGGAAGUGGUAG